AUGCAAACGCAUCAGGGGAUACAGCGACUGUUGCAACAAGAUGAAGGCAAUAUUCCUUGGAAUACUUUUAAGGAUGAAUUUUAUAAGAAGUAUUUUCCGAGGACAGCUCGUGACGCUAAGGAGAUGGAACUUAUGCAGCUGAAGCAGGGUAAUACAACUAUUGCAGAAUAUGCCCGUAAAUUUGAUGACUUGUGCCGUUUCUCCAAAAUCUGCCAAGGGAAUCCUGCUGACUUUGAAGAAUGGAAGUGCUUGAAGUUCGAAGGGGGCCUUCGUGAGGAUCUGAUGAGUUCAGUAGUCCCAUUGGAGAUACGAAAUUUUGCUGAGCUGGUUAAUAAGUGUAAGUUAGUGGAAGAAUGUGCUAAGAAGGUAACUGCCUCUAAAGCAAGUCGUCAAGGAUUUCCACCAAGGAACUACAAUAGCUAUAGUUGGCAACCACGAAGGACAAACUUCAAGACCCCUGGUGUGCCACAACGAAGGAACCCACAAGCUGGUAACGCUCCUGCUCGCCCUAUGGGUGGAAACGGAGGUAGACCAAGGCAGGAUAAUGGUAAACGACCCCAACAGGCACAGGUGAAUACUGCAUGUAGACAGUGUGGGAAGGAUCAUGGAAAUAGACCCUGCUGGUUUGGAAUAGCUAAGUGCUAUAUUUGUAACGAACCAGGACAUAAGGCUAAGAAUUGCCCGAAGAGGUUUAUUCAGAAUCCAGUGCGAACCCAGCAACAAGGUCGAGUGUUUGCCAUGACUGCUAAUGAUGCUAUGCAAUCAGACGCCCUGAUCCAAGGUCAGUGUAUUGUCAAAGAUCGAUUUCUAACUGUACUGUACGACUCGGGUGCAUCGCAUUCCUUUGUUUCUUUAACUGUUGCUCGUGAGUUGGGACUAGAUUUCUCUGAGUUGAACUUUGAUCUAAUUGUUCAUACACCUGCAUCUCAAAAUGCUUUGACUAGUUUGAGUUACCUUAGACGGGAGUGA